AAGUGGGGAGCUGGGGAAAAUCAGGGUUGCGGUUCGUCAGAAAGCAGGAAGUUCCUGGGGGAAAUUAUGAUAAUAAUGAGCUAACCACGCCCCUUUAGCGCGUGAACCAAAAGGUCUAGUUUUCCUCCCCAGAAGCAGUUUGCUAGCCUCGGUUAGCCUGACCCUGCACCCAAAAAGGAGAGAAUGGAAAGUCUGAAAGACUUGAUGAUGGGAGUGAAGGUGGAGAGCCAGACAGCGGUCCUGUUAACCUCUGCUGCCUGCGGGGUGGGCGCCCUGCUGAUGGUGGCGCAGACCGUUCGCGGGCACCGGGCAGCGAAGGACAAGAUCCAGAGAGCCAGGAGCAGGAGGACCGAGAGCCUGCAGCGAGCUGAGCAGGAGGUGCUCCGGUACAAACAGUUGCAUCCAUCCUGUGACUCUGCUGCCAUAUUGUCACUGUCGUUGUCUGAGUUGACAAAGCAGCUGCGGGAAGGUUCGCUGUGCCCGGAGGACGUGUUUCACUCCUACAUGCAAAAGACUUUGGCUGUGCACAAGGAGCUGAACUGCUGCACAGAAAUUCUGCUGGAGAGUUUCGACCAGCUGAGAACAGUUGGCUCCAACAAGGACGGCCUGCUGUACGGUGUUCCUAUCAGCAUCAAAGACAAUGUUUCAUAUAAGAACUGUGACUGCACCUGCGGCGUGAUCGUAAAUCUGAACCAGCCAGCCAAGAAGGAUAGUGUGAUCGUGGAAGUACUGAAGAAACAAGGAGCCAUUCCUUUCACAAAAACCAACCUGCCACAAGCACUAUUAAAUUUUGAUUGCAGUAACCCUAUCUUUGGGCAGACCAUCAACCCUUGCAGUCCCCAGAAGACCUCUGGAGGCUCCUCUGGUGGGGAGGGCGCGCUGAUUGGUGGAGGGGGCUCCAUUCUUGGCAUUGGCAGUGAUAUAGGGGGGAGUAUCCGCAUACCUGCCGCCUUCUGCGGCAUCUGUGGCUUUAAACCCACAACAGGCAGACUCAGCUCACAGGGCAUUGUUCCCAUUUACCGAGGUCAAAAGUGCGUGCUCUCAUCUCCUGGACCUAUGGCCCGGGACGUGGACAGUUUAGCUCUGUGCAUGCAGGCUCUACUCUGUGACCACAUGUUUUCCUUGGACCCAACUGUUCCACCUUUACCUUUUAAUCUUCAGACAUACCAGAGUUCCAAGCCUCUCAGAAUCGGUUACCUUGAACACGACGGGUACUCGCAGCCUCCUCCGAGCAUGAUCCGCGGCCUCCGAGAGGUCAAAGCUCUGUUGGAGCACGCUGGGCACACAGUGGUGCCUUAUGAACCUCUUAGGGUGAACCAAGCUGUCACUGAACUCAUCGCCAAGGGUCUGUUUGCAGAUGGAGCCGCCACCAUGCUACAAAAACUGAAGGGAGGGCCUCUGGACCCCUGCCUCAAACCUCAGGUUAUUCUAUACUCCGUCCCCAAAUGGUUGAAGAGAAUCGUCUCAUUCCUGCUGAAGCCCUUUUCUCCUCGCAUCCCUCCUGUUCUCAGUGCCCUCUGUGGAGUCAGUUCUGCCCCGGAGGUUUGGAAGCAGCAUGCUGCCGUGGAGGACUACAUUACUGAGACGAUAGCACACUGGAGGAAAUACAACAUAGAUGUGCUGCUCUGCCCCAUGAUUGGACCGGCCUUCAACUUCUUAUACUGCGGCCAACUCACAUGUCUCUCCAGCUUAACAAUGAUAUACAAUCUCCUUAAUUUUCCGGCCGGUGCUGUCCCCGUAUCCACGGUGACAGCUCAAGACGAGGAGGAUCUUAAGCAUUUCAAGGGCCUUUAUCAGGACACCUGGGACAAGCGGCAUAAACUGGCCGUGAGCGGCGCUGAGGGUCUGCCCGUGGCGGUGCAGUGCGUGGCCCUGCCAUGGCAGGAUGAGCUCUGUCUGCGUUUCAUGAAGGAGGUGGAGGAGCUUGUCAAACACAAGAGAAACUGAAACGGCGUGCGGAUGUUCUGGAUCCAACAGCUGGAUGACAUGUCGUAAUCACACUACAAUGUUGGAUAAGGAUUCUGGUUUUUACAUAUGGUUUGUAAAGCAAAAUCUGCUGAGCACGUUAAGGAAGUUUAAACAAAUAAAUCUAUAAUUAAGGUGACUGUUUGCUCAAUAGUUUGUUGAAUGGCCUGAUCAUUCUCCUUUACAGUAAUAAUGGACUGACACUUUUUUUGUUUUUGGAACAAAACCAAUAUACUCAAUCUGUUAAUUAAUCGUGUGUGUGUGUUAAACAUAGCUAAUUUUGACCAAUUUUUUUCAGAUUUAAAGUUUUUUUCAUAACUUUUUCUCCAUGGAUAUUUAUGUACAUAAAUAUGUUGAUUAUUAUAAACAUAACAGGGACUUUAGAUUCACAAUGUAGUGCUAAUUAGACUUGAAAAAUUAUGUUUUCAUUUUGUUUUUCCAUCUCAAAGUGUGUUGGAUGGCUCACACUUGGGCAUAACUAAAAGAUAAUUGAAAAUGUACACCCAUGUCUGAAUAAACACAGCAAAUAACCUGUAAUGUAUUGUAAAAAUGAGUACAGAUUUGAAAAGAAUAUUUGUAAUUUAAAUAUUUUAUGUAAUUACAUAAAUGAGAAUAAAGUUGAUUUUUUUUUCUUUAAAAAUGCUGUCUUACA